CCUCUAUUUCUCUCUCCAAUUCUUCUGAAAAUCUUCACAGUUUCAAACCCAAAAUUAACCAAAAAAAAAAAAUCAAUGGAGCAAAAAAAAAAUUGAAGCAUUAAUUGAGCAAUUGGAUUUCUGAAUCUGUGACUCACUUCAUGAUCCUCAUCUCUGUUAGCUACCUGCUUCACUCUUCUUCUUCUUCUUCUUCCUUCUUCACUCACCAAACCCUACCUCCUUUCUCCAUCUCUCAAUCAACCCUCCAUUGUUGAUCCGAUCCCAAAUUUGUUCUAUAUGUGAAUCUUCCUCGCCUUCUCCGAUUCGUUUCCUCGAUCGCAUUUCACUAUCUUGUAAAUUUCUGAAGUGGGAACAAUGGUGGGGAAUUUCCAGCCCACGGUUCUUGUGUUUUUGGCGAUUCUUGUUGUUGGGAAGGCGGAAAUUUACAUUGUCACCAUUGAUGGAGAGCCUAUUGUGAGUUACCAAGGUGAUCUUGAUGGAUUUGAGGCCACUGCUGUGGAAUCUGAUGAGAAGAUCGACUCUACCAGUGAAAUUGUGACAUCCUAUGCUCGUCACCUUGAAAAUAAACAUGACAUGCUUCUUGGGAUGUUGUUUGAGAGAGGAUCCUUCAAGAAGCUCUAUAGUUAUAAGCAUCUCAUCAAUGGAUUUGCAGUUGACAUCUCGCACGAGCAGGCAGAGACUCUAAGACACACGCCAAUUGUGAAAUCUGUGGAGAGGGACUGGAAGGUUAGGAAACUAACAACACACACACCGGAGUUUUUGGGUCUUCCAACAGGCGUAUGGCCAACCGGCGGUGGCUUUGACAGGGCUGGAGAAGACAUUGUGAUUGGAUUUGUGGACUCAGGGAUAUAUCCACACCAUCCAAGUUUUGCUACAUAUAAUACCGAACCUUUCGGGCCAUGUUCGAAGUAUAAAGGGAAAUGUGAAGUUGAUUCCAACACCAAGAAGAAUUUUUGCAAUGGAAAGAUUGUUGGAGCUCAACAUUUUGCAGAAGCUGCUAAAGCAGCUGGGGCAUUUAAUCCUUCCAUUCAUUUUGCAUCUCCUUUGGAUGGUGACGGACAUGGAAGCCAUACUGCAGCAAUUGCAGCUGGAAACAAUGGAAUCCCUGUGAGACUGCAUGGCUAUGAAUUUGGUAAAGCAAGUGGGAUGGCUCCCCGUGCUAGAAUUGCUGUAUAUAAAGCUCUCUACAGGAUUUUUGGAGGAUUUGUUGCUGAUGUUGUGGCAGCUAUUGAUCAGGCUGUACAUGACGGGGUCGAUAUUCUGAGUCUUUCGGUGGGGCCAAAUAGUCCUCCUGCAACUACAAAGAUCACAUAUUUAAACCCUUUUGAUGCUACCCUUCUUUCAGCUGUGAAGGCUGGUGUCUUUGUUGCGCAAGCUGCUGGAAAUGGAGGUCCAUUUCCUAAAACAUUGGUGUCCUAUAGUCCAUGGAUAGCCACUGUGGCUGCUGCCAUUGAUGACAGAAGAUACAAAAACCAUCUCACACUUGGUAAUGGAAAAAUCUUGGCUGGACUUGGGCUAUCACCUGCUACACAUUUAAACCGAACGUACACAUUGGUCGCAGCUAACGACGUUCUGUUAGAUUCAUCAGUAAGGAAGUCCAGCCCCUCAGACUGCCAAAGACCAGAAGUUCUAAACAAACGACUGGUUGAAGGGAAGGUUCUUCUUUGUGGCUAUUCAUUCAGUUUUGUUGUGGGUACUGCUUCAAUCAAGAAGGUCGCUCAAACUGCAAAAGCCCUUGGUGCUGCUGGCUUUGUUCUUGCUGUUGAAAACGUCUCUCCUGGAGCAAAAUUUGACCCUGUUCCUGUUGGCAUUCCUGGGAUUCUUUUAACUGAUGUCACCAAGUCGAUGGAUCUUAUAGACUACUAUAACACCUCUACACCCCGAGACUGGACGGGUCGGGUCAAGAGCUUUGACGCUGUGGGUAGCAUUGGUGAUGGUUUGAUGCCUUUAUUGUACAAAUCAGCUCCUGAGGUUGCAUUGUUUUCUGCUCGUGGACCAAAUAUUAGAGACUUUAGCUUUCAGGAUGCUGACCUUCUCAAACCAGAUAUUCUAGCUCCUGGUUCUUUGAUAUGGGCUGCUUGGUCUCCAAAUGGUACAGAUGAGCCUAACUAUGUUGGAGAGGCAUUUGCUAUGAUUUCUGGAACGAGCAUGGCAGCACCGCAUAUAGCUGGUAUAGCAGCUCUUGUAAAACAGAAGCAUCCUAACUGGAGUCCUGCAGCCAUCAAAUCGGCCUUGAUGACGACAUCAACAACAAUGGACCGAGCAGGAAGACCUCUUAAAGCACAACAAUUUUCCGAAACAGAAGUCAUGAAACUAGUAUCUGCAACGCCUUUCGAUUACGGGAGUGGUCAUGUAAACCCAAGAGCAGCUCUGGAUCCUGGACUCAUCUUUGAUGCAGGUUAUGAAGAUUACUUGGGAUUUUUGUGCACGACAGCGGGCAUCAACGUGCACGAGAUACACAACUAUACUAACUCACCCUGCAACUUCACCAUGGGACAUCCCUGGAAUCUAAACAGCCCAUCAAUUACCAUCGCCCAUCUUGUGGGAACUAAGACUGUUACACGCACAGUAACAAAUGUUGCUGAGGAAGAAACCUAUACAGUUACUGCAAGAAUGGACCCUGCUAUUGCCAUAGAAACAAAUCCUCCAGCAAUGACAUUACGAUCCGGGUCGUCGAGAAAAUUUUCAGUAACUCUCACAGCUCGUUCACAGACAGGAACAUAUAGUUUUGGCGAGGUUGUAUUGAAGGGCAGUAGGGGUCACAAGGUUAGAAUACCUGUAGUAGCCAUGGGAUACCAACGAUGAGGUAACUCAGAAAGAGAUUUUAUGUGGUUGUAAUAUUCUUUGUAUCUGUUGGAAUAAGCUAAAUAGGAUAUCAGAUGUAAUUUGUCUGAAAUAUGUAUGAGACUGUAAAAAAGAUGAACUCAGAACAAGGGAGGAGGCUUCCUGGUUUCUUCCACUUAAGUUUUGAUUACUAAUUUUGUUUUCUAAUACAGUUUCCAGUUUCCCGUUUC